CUUGUAUUCAUUUUAGCUACAAUUUUGAACAAGACUGUCUUUGUUCUAGUAAUUUAGUUAAUUUAACUUAUUUUAAGCAACUUAAGAUGACAAAAUUCAAGCCCAAUGGUUUCGUGGUCUUUGCGAAUGAAUAUAAGAGAACACACAAUGUGCAGUAUUAUACUUUUCGUGAGCUGCUUGAUGUAAUAAGUCCAUUUUGGAAUGAAUUACCUGAAACAGAUAAGGAAAGAUAUAAAGACAAGGCAAAAGCUAAUGCAAAACGAUUAGAAUUCAAGCGUACAAGAGAAACAUCCAAUAAUGAAGAAGUUCUAGAAAAGAGAUUGAAGCUUGUAGACGUGGAAGCAGAUAAGAAGCAAAGGAUUGAAGACCUAGUUUAUACGGCUAGUGAUUUAGGAGAAUUAGAUGACAAGAUAUUUUAUUUUGUGAACAUUUCGACCUUUUUUGAAGACUUAAAUGAUGUUUAUCCAGCAGAAUUUGCGCUAGCUAAAUACUCUUUACGGAAGGGAUUAAUAGAUACACUUCAUAUCAAGAUUAAUCCAGGAGAACUUCCAUUGGGAGCUAGUUAUCCAGCCUUAGAAAAGGCUAAUAAAACACACAAAUAUCUAUUGCCAAAUGUAAAGGAAGGCAGCAACUAUGAUUAUGGAGAAAGCAGCUAUCUUCUGAUCUUGAUGAGCAUCCUCGAUUUUAUUGAUCCAAUUGAAGAUGCACCGAUUGACGACUUACCAUUGUUCUUUACUGAAGGAAGUUCAGUGAAUGAUUACAAUAAGUUAAUAAGUGUUCAAAAGGCAUUCGUGAGAAUCUUUGAAAAAGCUGGCGAGUACGAUAUUGCUUCAGAUUUGAAGCUAUACUCUGUAGUUGACCUAUUUUACUACCUCAAUGAGGUUUCUAAUACAUCUGUAGUGUAUCCUGAAGAUAAAAAUGAAAAGUUCUCAUCAUUAACACAUGCUGACGAAUCAUUUAGACGUGCUGAUCGUCUAUUCGGAUAUUUAGCAAAAGGAUGUGAUUUUCACGAAGAAAAUGAUGUCUUAAGGAGCUGCUGUUUAUCACGUGUCCGAUCUUAUGGAUAUAUCUUAUCAAAAUAUUGCGUCAACUCUGUCAAAUAUCCAUUAAUUGAGGGAAAACACUUCCCAAAAGACUUUCAUAUUGAACCUUAGUAUUUAAUAAUGUAAAUCUAAUUUUUAUACGAUCCUUAAGAAUAAAAUAAGAGUCAAAAAUAUUUUUGCUGGAACUGAA